UACAACCCGGAAGUGACAGUCUCAUGAGCUGGUUUGUGUUUUUAAAAAAAAUGUUAGCUACAAACAUGAGCGUGUGAAGGGGUUUCAUGUAGUUUGGCUGCAGACAUGCCGCGGUACUGCGCUGUCAAAGUCUGCAGGAACCGCGGGGGGAGCGCGUCGAGACAAGACAACAAGAGAAUCAGCUUCUACCCGUUUCCCCUGCAAGACAGCGCCAGGCUUCAGAAAUGGGUGGACAACAUGAAGCGGGAGGAGUGGACCCCAAGUCGACAUCAGUACCUGUGCAGCGAGCAUUUCACAGAGGACUGCUUCGAUAUCCGAUGGGGCAUCCGCUACCUGAAGAACACAGCCAUCCCGACCAUAUUUCCCUCCAAUGAGGACGAUGCUGAGACAAAAGUCACCACCUUUAAAAGAAGCCCCAAGGUCAAACCCAGGACUUUGGACAUCGAGCCGACAGGAUCGGACUCUCCUCUCAGCAAGAGGCCGCUCAUUUUGAGCAGGACGUGCAAAAAAGUCCAGUCAAGCACAGCGAACGGCGUUGUCACCGAGCACACAGAGGUGAUAUCUGAACCGCCUCUGGCCUCGGACCCCGUCAUCUCCUGUCAUUCAGACGUCUCAGAGAUACAGACUGCUACCUGUGACAGUGGAGUGUCUUGCCUCGCACUGUCCCCACGCGAUAAGCCCCAGUCUGAAGAGCCGGCCGACUCCAUUGUGACUGUGUUGUGCUGUGAGUCACUGGGCUCUUUCUCCGAUGGCGAGGAGAAUGUGGAUGCAGCCACUCUUCAAGCAGCGCUGGGCCAGACUUUUAGCUUUGUCCCUGUGGAAAUGAUCAAAGACGAACCCACAGGCUGCUUUUUGGAGGAGAGGGGACCCAGUGAGGGGGAACACAUUUCUGUGUACGAGCACUCGUACUGCAGACCGGACACGGACAGAGAUCAGCUUUGGAGUAAGAUCUUGAGUUUGCAUACAAAGGUCUUGGAACUGGAUCGCAGGGAGGAGAGCACGGUGGCCAAAAUCCGUGCUCUGGAGACUGAGGUCGCCCUGCUGAAGAGAGACGGGGCUGUUUUUAAAGAGAAGCAGAAGAUUUUAGAAGAUUAUAUAUCAUCCAUGUUGCUCUGAUUGUAAAAAAAAAUUACAGGUUAUGGACUCUGGAUUGAGUUCUUGGGCACGCAUGGAUUCUAAUCGUCACCAUUGAGUCAUUUUUCCUGACAUGUUGCACACGCUCCUGUACAUAAAGUACAAACUGUGUCUUCUAAAACUCUGUUGGUACUCAGUGGUCCACGACAUUGCUCUCAGUAUGCCUUUUCCCACAGAUGACAUUUUGACUUGUCACCGUAGCAACAGCGCAGGUGUAAAUAAUCAGAUCAGCAAUGGUCGAAUUUCAUUUCGCCGCUUUAAUUUCAGGUUUCUGGUACAGAACUCGUUGCUCACUGUCACUCUCACAGGAAGACUUGAAUAGAGCAGAGCCAUCGUUAAUGUGAUCAGUAACACCUGUGCUUUUUGUGCUGUGGCAAUUAAAAAUGCCUGCUGUGAGGAAGGCCUUUUGUAUUUGUAUCUGUUGUUGUCCACAUGGUGGCACUGUAUGUCUGUCUUUACAGGAAGUGAUUGUCAGUGGCUUGUUGCUAUGCAUUAUUAAUACAUGUCUGAGAUUUGCUGACACGUGUUUACAGUUUUUACAUGAUUGGAUCUCAGUGGUGAUCAAUACAUUAUGAGAAUUCAUUGGCUCAUGUCUGAAACCUUUUUAUUUCCUUGAUGUACAACUGGCUUCACCCACUAAAGGACCAUUUUUAUAGUUUCUCA